CAUUUCGUCAGUUCCGAUACUUAUGGCGAAUUUGGAAAACGAAGAAAACCACAUAAUCGACUACGAGCUAUUGGCGUUAUUCGACGAUACCUCCGCAUUGUCGCAUUUGGAGAACUGUAGCUUCGACGAGUCGUAUUUUGGUUACAAUUUCUACGACGAGCCACGAAAUACAAAGAUCAACGAUAUUCGAUUGUCGAAGAUCGACGAUAGUUGGAAGGAUAAAAUGGACGAUAGACCAAUUUACUUGAAAAACGGUCAGGAUGAGAAGGAGAACGUGUUUGCUGUGCCGAAAGUGUACACGUGCAUGUACUGCUUUAAGGGAUUCUACAGUAGGUCUGCGAAUCGAAGGCACCAGGUCUUCCACGCCAAGAAACAAUUGCGUUGUCCCUAUUGUAGGACAACAUCCCACAGUAUGAGUAAUCUGCGAAGACACUUUGACUAUUUCCACCGAGGCGCUCCAAGACAUCAAAUAUUAAUUGAGUCGCCAUGAAAUUACGGACUGCAACAAAUUGAAUACUCUCUACGGUGGAAUUCUGCCUAACUCAAUGAGAGAAAAUAAUGCUUCCGGUACAGUGCUAGUUAGAUCGUUUUCGACUAUCGAUGCAAACCUCCUCCGUAACUCGUAAAGAUUAAAUUUCUUUUUUUUUUUUUUUUUAUUUGAAGCAAUAGAUAGAAGUAAAUUUUACUUCAUACUAAUAAUUUGUUUGCUUGCGUUUGGAAGAUUUCUUAGACUUUGAUAGAUGUAACUGUCAGAGCAGUAGUUUUCAGCAGUUUUCAACUGUCAAUGAACAUUUCUUCGAUAACUGGUUAAAUAAAUUUUAGUCGAAAAUAACAGAGAAAGAAAAUUAUUUUGACAGAAAUUCGGAGCUCGAUAAAAAUUCUAUAUUUAUAUUGGAAUGUUCUUUAUCGCAUGACAGCCGGUGAUAAAUUAUAAUCGACGAUGAGGUGAAUAGAAGAAUACAAGAAAACUUUAAAAAUAUAAGAGAAACAUUUUAUCGAACAAAGUCUAAGAAAUUUUCAUUGUUGAAUUCGUUGAUUGGCAAUGAAUGUUUGAUGCUGUAUUAAUUGGGAGACAUGUUCCACCACUCGACACGUUCUAUUUAAAAAUUGUAUCAGAAAACGAACGAAUGUAAAAUUUAUUACAACAGUUAAUUAACAUCAAGAGAGACUCUAAGGAUAUCGGUGACUAAAUUGUAUGAAAAGAGUAAGAUAUGUGUAUGUAAUUAGAAGUUGCAAAUUUUGUAUGGUAACAUCUCCAUGGAGGCAUUAUAAUCAAAAUAUUUGAUAUAGGCAAAGGUGAUAUAUAUAUAUAUAUGAAAAAUAUUUGUGAUACAAUGAACUGAACCAGUUUUUAAUUGAAUUAGGUGACUAUAGAAUGUAAAUACCGUAAUCCAACGAUUACUG